CCGAGACAACAAACGGCGGUUCAUCUGGUUGCAUCAAGACAAACUGGCACGGCAACGUCGAUUUUACGAGCUCUAUUGGGUGCUGCCGGACGAGACAUCAGACUAAAGGUCGACGGUAAAGGAAAGAUACCCCUUCUGCUAGCAGUCGAAGCUGGCAAUCAAUCGAUGUGCCGGGAACUUCUGGCACAGCAAGCUCCUGAUCAGCUUCGCGCCACCACACCAGCGGGUGAUUCUGCCCUGCAUUUGGCCGCUAGAAGAAGAGACAUCGACAUGGUGCGCAUUCUGGUGGAUUACGGUGCGGCCGUCGACAUGCAAAAUGGCGAUGGACAAACUGCGUUACACAUAGCGAGCGCCGAGGGUGACGAAACCUUAGUGAAAUAUUUUUAUGGUGUCAGAGCUUCUGCCUCAAUCACCGAUCAUCAAGAUCGAACGCCAAUGCAUCUGGCCGCGGAGAACGGCCACGCUUCCAUCAUCGAGCUACUGGCCGAUAAAUUUAAAGCAAGUAUCUUCGAGAGAACGAAAGACGGCUCCACUCUGAUGCACAUAGCAUCGUUGAACGGACAUUCAGAAUGUGCCACUAUGCUCUUCAAGAAGGGCGUGUAUCUGCACAUGCCAAAUAAACGUGGUGCCAGAUCUAUUCACACGGCUGCAGGAUAUGGCCACGUGGGUAUUAUCAGCACUUUACUGCAACGAGGGGAAAAGGUGGACGCGACAACUAACGAUAAUUAUACGGCACUCCAUAUCGCCGUGGAAAGUGCCAAACCAGCUGUCGUAGAAACCCUUCUAGGAUACGGCGCGGAGGUACACGUGAGAGGUGGAAAACUUCGAGAAACUCCGCUUCAUAUAGCCGCCAGGGUGCCCGACGGUGACAGAUGCGCUCUGAUGUUAUUGAAAUCCGGGGCAGGUCCCAAUUUAACAACAGACGACGGCCAAACGCCUGUGCAUGUAGCAGCCAGUCACGGGAAUUUAGCGACGCUCCUUUUACUCCUCGACGAUGGCGGAGAUCCGAUGUAUAAAUCAAAAAAUGGAGAAACGCCCUUGCAUUUAGCCUGCAGGGGUUGCAGAGCGGAUGUGGUACGAUACUUGAUAGAAUUCGUAAAAGACAAGAAGGGUCCAGAAGUGGCGACUGCCUACGUGAACAGUCUCACUAACGAGGGUGCCAGUGCGCUCCAUUACGCUGCUCAAAUCGAACCCUCGGAGGUUGAUACCCCCGGCGAUGAUCGCGCCGUCGUUCGUGCUCUCCUCGACAGCGGCGCGGACGUCUCGUUGCAGACUAGACAGGCUCAAGAAUCGGCCUUUCAUCACUGCGCACUCGCGGGCAACAACGAGGUCCUGUCGGAGAUAAUCAGUCGCAUGUCGGCUACUGAGGUCCAAAAGGCCUUGAACCGACAGAACGCUGUAGGUUGGACGCCGCUGCUGAUCGCUGCCCAUCGGGGUCACAUGGAACUGGUGACCACUCUCCUCGCCAAUCAUGGUAGAGUGGACGUGUUCGAUCUGGAGGGUAGAUCCGCUCUUCAUCUGGCCGCCGAGCACGGCUACCUGCAAAUCUGCGACGCGUUAUUGGCAAACAAGGCCUUCAUAAACUCCAAGUCACGCGUGGGAAGGACCGCCCUGCACUUGGCCGCCAUGAACGGUUACACGCACCUGGUACGGUUCCUCGUGCAGGAUCACGGCGCCGCGAUAGACGUGCUCACUCUGAGGAAGCAGACCCCUCUUCAUUUGGCGGCGGGAGCGGGCCAGUUGGAGGUCUGCAAGCUAUUGUUGGAACUCGGGGCCAGUAUAGACGCCACAGACGACCAGGGACAAAAACCAAUCCACGCCGCGGCCAUGAAUAAUUACGCUGAAGUGGCACAGCUCUUUCUGCAGAGGCACCCAAGCCUCGUGAUGGCCUGCACCAAGGACGGCAAUACCUGCGCUCACAUCGCCGCGAUGCAAGGCAGCGUCCGAGUGAUCGAGGAGCUGAUGAAGUUUGAUAGGCAAGGUGUAAUAACCGCUAGGAAUAAACUGACGGAUGCAACUCCUCUACAACUGGCAGCGGAAGGGGGACACGCCGAGGUCGUGAAGGCUCUGAUCAGGGCAGGUGCGUCCUGUGCUGAUGAGAAUCGCGCGGGUUUUACUGCAGUUCACUUGGCCGCUCAGCACGGUCACGGUCAGGUACUCGAAGUGAUGAGGUCAUCGCAAUCUCUCAGGAUAUCUAGCAAGAAGCUCGGCGUCACCGCGCUUCACGUUGCUGCUUAUUUCGGACAAGCCGACACGGUUAGAGAAUUGCUAACUCACAUACCCGGAACUGUGAAAUCUGAUCCACCAACUGGAGGAUCCCUAGUAGGAGAGUUAGGUGCUGAAUCCGGCAUGACUCCUCUUCAUCUGGCUGCCUAUUCUGGAAAUGAAAACGUCGUACGACUUCUUCUCAAUUCCGCGGGAGUUCAGGUAGACGCAGCGACGACGGAGAACGGCUGGAAUCCUUUGCAUUUGGCUUGCUUCGGCGGCCACAUAACUGUCGUGGGCCUGUUGUUGAGCAGAUCAGCAGAAUUGUUGCAUAGCUCGGAUCGUUACGGCAAAACCGGGCUGCACAUUGCGGCAACUCAUGGUCAUUAUCAAAUGGUGGAGGUUCUUUUGGGUCAAGGAGCGGAAAUAAACGCGACCGAUAAGAACGGUUGGACCCCGCUGCAUUGUGCGGCACGCGCUGGUCAUCUGGAUGUUGUAAAAUUGCUGGUGGAAAGUGGCGGAUCUCCGAAAACCGAGACGAAUCUUGGCUGCGCACCAAUUUGGUUCGCCGCUUCCGAAGGUCAUAACGAUGUGCUGAAGUAUCUCAUGGAGAAGGAGCACGAUACGUACGCUCUGAUGGAAGACAGAAGGUUUGUCUACAACAUGAUGGUCUGCAGCAAAAGCCAUAAUAACAAACCGAUCGAGGAGUUCGUCCUGGUGUCGCCUGCCCCAGUCGACACUGCGGCCAAACUAUCCAACAUCUACAUGAAACUUUCCGAAAAGGAGAAGGAACGCGCUAAGGAUCUAAUCGCGGCCGGAAAACAGUGCGAGGCGAUGGCUACCGAGUUACUGGCUCUGGCGGCGGGCGCCGACUCGGCCGGCAGGAUUUUGACGUCGAUGGAUCGCAGGAAUGUCGAGUUCCUGGACGUGUUGAUCGAGAACGAGCAGAAGGAGGUGAUCGCGCAUACCGUGGUGCAACGUUAUCUGCAGGAGCUGUGGCAGGGUGGCCUGAAUUGGAGCACGUUCAGGACGAUCCUGCUGUUCAUCGCCUUCAUCGUGUGCCCGCCGGUCUGGGUGGUGUUCGCUCUUCCGCUCGGGCACAAGUACAAUAACGUGCCUAUCAUCAAAUUCAUGUCGUAUCUCACAUCGCACAUUUAUCUGAUGGUCUUCCUGUUACUGGUCGGCAUCACGCCGAUCUACCCAGUGGUGAGAGCCAGCCUGAUACCGUAUUGGUACGAGUGGUGUUUGCUGGUGAUGCUGUCGGGACUGUUGCUGUUCGAACUGACGAAUCCCAGCGACAAGAGCGGCCUUGGCUGGAUCAAACUGGCGGUGCUGCUCUUCGGCAUAUUCGGCGUCGCGUUCCACUUGAUGGGAUUCGUAAUCGUGGAGAGACCGUACUGGCCGACUCUUCUCUACCUGAGAAACCAGCUUUUCGCUCUCAGUUUCCUUUUAGCUUGCGUGCAGAUUCUGGACUUCCUGUCGUUUCAUCAUCUGUUCGGGCCGUGGGCCAUCAUCAUCGGUAAUCUCAUGAAGGAUCUCGCGAGGUUCCUCUCGGUAUUGGCGAUCUUCGUCUUCGGCUUCUCCAUGCACUUCGUCGCGCUCAAUCAGGCGUUCAAGAACCAAUCGGUGCAGGAAGCGCGCCUGGAGGACAGAAAGCAGAAGAAGCCAUUCUCCGACGUGAAGGUUAGUGCGAUUGAUAUCACGGAGAAUCUUUUCUUCGCCAUUUUUGGACAAAAAGACACCGAAGAUUUUACAUUUUCAUUAAAAGCGAAGCUACAGCCGUGGUGGACGGUUAAUUUCUUCAAGGUGUCAUUCUCAUUAUACAUGCUCGUCAGUGUCAUAGUAUUGAUUAAUUUGUUAAUUGCUAUGAUGAGCGACACAUAUCAUAACAUUCAAUCACAGAGUGAUAUCGAAUGGAAGUACGGUCUCAGUAAACUAAUUCGCAAGAUGCAAAAGGCGAGGACUGCUCCAGCACCAUUAAAUCUCAUUACCACAUGGGCGGAAUAUCUUAAGAAUGCUUGUAUGAAGGAACGAAUUGCAAGGCAGAAAAUCGGCAGAUCGCGUGGAUAUAUGGAACCCGAUAUGCAUCAAAGUUUCCCAAAAUUUUCCACCAAUAACAAAAUGCUUCCUUUACCGCGAGCAGCGAGGGACCGAAUUAACUUCUCGUUACUUCAAUCAAGUCCGUCUACCAGCCAAACUUCUUUAAAUAAUAUUCCGAAGAUACAAAAUGUCGUCGAUUGGGAUACAGUCCGUCGAAAGUAUCGCAUGCGAUUCGGAGACGAAGUCGAGAAACCGUCCACUGUAGAGGCAACGCUUACUGAAAUGGCUUAAAUACAUAAAACUAACGUGUCCAUUAUCACAUGCAGUUUUCCAUUUUGCAUAAUUUUUUUAUUAUUUUAUAUCGUACUAUCUUAUACUAUAGUGUAUUUAUAAUAGAGGUAUCAUAAGCGAAGUACUUUCUACGUUUGUACGUUUUCUUGCGAUAUUGCUAAUUAUAACGAAAUACAUAUGUAUGUGUAAUCAAUGUGAA